CAAAAAGAACCUCGGUUGUCCUCUCAUGGAUCCUGCGUUUCGUAUUUCUCAGUUCUCCCGCUCUGAAAAUCACCCGCGAUUCACCCGCACAACAACCGAGAAAUCGCCUGGAGGACUGGGCCUUUGCGCUUGGCUGGAGCCGAUUGAUAGCUGAGAGCUGCGAGGACGAACAGCGUGCGCAUCUCCGUCCCGCUUGCUGGUGUGCCCUGGAGCACCAAGGCAGCGCGCGCGCGCGUCCUGGGCGCCGCCGGCGGCCAGCCAUGGCGCCGCCAAGUUUCCCGCCGCCUGCGGCUGUUCCCACAACCGCCUCUUCGACCGCGACUACGACCGCCACCGAGGACGGCGGCCUUUUCGUUGGUGCCUCUGGUAGCCCUGUAGCCCCGAGCGUCCCGGCUACCUCUGCCCCUGAGACGUCAUCAGCCCCCCCGAUCCGACAGCAGCCGCCGCCGCCGCCGCCGCCGGAUCUGCAGGAUGUCCCGGCAUCUCGCGCCUCAGCCGAACAACAACAGCUUCCCUCCCCAACAGCCAGUAUCCAUCAGCACGGCGGCCUGAAAUACGAGCCGCCUGCGGGCGUGUCGUCGGCCAUUGCGUCGGCGCAUAACACUCUGCAGGUGUUAGAGGCCGUGGCCAGCACCUCCUCGGCUCCGCCCUCAGCCCCUGUGCUGCCUGAUGCUGCCAGUCUGCAACAGCAGCAGCAUGAGUCACACCAGCAGCACCAGCACCAUUAUCCUGUCCUGGCCCCGUCGCCCCAUGGCCUCGAGGAGCAGCAUCACCAGCAACAGCAGCAGCAACGGCUGCAGUACUCAGCCUCGGCCGCUGUCGCCCAUCAUGAUCAGAAUGGCAACCCCCACGGCUAUGACCACCACAUGCAGUACUCCCCGCCUGCGGCGUCGCCGACAACGCCAGGGGGCAACGUGCCACAAUCCGGAGCAGCCAUGCAUCCGCAUGUCAAGCAGACUCGGCUGCGGCGCGCAUGUGACAUGUGCAGCGCGCGGAAGGUCAAGUGCGAUGAGGCUGGCCCGCCGUGCAAGCCGUGCAGAUCGCUUAAUGUCGAGUGCACAUAUACGCGCGAGAUGAAGCGCCGCGGCCCUCCAAAUAAGCAUGCUGAGGCGGCUAGGGCAAAGCGUACCCGCAUGGAGGCCGCGGUGGGAGCAGCUCCAGGCUGGAACAAUGCCGCGGAGAUGUCUACCUCGAUAUCAUCUGGCACUGGGCUCGGAGGCCAGACGCGACAACAGUCACACGAGCAAGCGCCGCAAGGCACGCAGCCUCAGAUCCAGCAGGGGCCUAGUCCCCCUCUCGACGCAGAGUCCAUCGCCCCGUGGCCUACCCUCGCGCUUCUGGUGGACGACUUUUACACCUACAUCCAUCCGCUGAUCCCAUUUCCUCACGAGCCAAGCUUCAGGCGCUCGUUCGCGGCCCGCGAGGACAAAACCGACCCCGAGUUUCUAGCAUUGCUGGCCAGCAUGAUCGCCACGCUAGUGGCCUCGUUUCCCCGCGCUGCGCGACUACACCUCAAGUCGCAGCGGAAUGCGUCUCUCUUCCCUCGGGCAAUUGCGCUCAUUGAGCGGUGUCGGGCCGUGGCCAUGAUGGCACGUGGCCCCAUGUUUGCUGGCAAGGAGUCAAUGUCGGUAAACGACGCCGCCACGAGCUACUUUCUCGGCCUGGCGUCUGCGUACAUAAUGCAGUGGAAGAUGUGCCGCCGUUUCUUGGCCGAGUGCCUUUGCUUCGCGCAGGAGCUCGGUCUGCAUCGCUGCAGACAUCUUGACCCGGUCCUGGGCCCCGGUGGUCUCGAGUACGGCUCGCCUGACCAGUCGGUGGAUCAUAUCAAGGAUCAGAUUGGCAAGCGCAUCUUUUGGGUGAUGCUCGUGGGCGUGAGGUCACUGGUGCAACUGGGCGCCACUCAUAGCGAGCUGCCACUGCCCCCGCCUACACCGGCGGAGCCCUACCCUGAUUUGCCGCUUGAGGUUGACGACGAGUACAUCACGUCAUCAGAGAUCCUACCACAGCCCGCCGGCCGUGUCUCGCUUCUGACGGGAUUCAAUCAGGGCAUCAAAAUAUACAUGACCAUGAACCCAAUAGUCAGCGUUGAGCUGUCGUAUGGAAUCAACAGUCUCUCGCUCGAGGACCAGGAGGAGAUGCUUAUGAGCUGUCUCCAUGCGGCCAAGCAUGCCACGGACGAUCUGCCUCCAGAGUUGAAACUUAAUAUCGACCCCGUCCCCUCCGGUUUAGACGCUAACAAUGGCACUGCCCCUGGCCAUGCCGGAUCGUUGCUUGCCCUGCCGCUUGCCGAGGCGUUUGCGGAUGCGCCGGGUUUCCAGUACUUCCCGCCGGCAUAUCCCAACUCACAGCCGGCAAACGACGUUCGACGUGUGAUCGAGAACCAGCCUGAACGGCGCAGGCUGCUGCAGUUUGAGAUACAGAAGGCAAACAUAUACGGGUCUCAGCUGGCCACGCGCUCUUACUACGUGGAGAGGUGCUUUAACCUUCGAGACGCCCACCGCGCCCGGGUGGCGAGUUACACGGGCAUGGCGAGGUCUGAUCCGGCCCAAGCUGACCAGCGGGCUUCGAUGGAAGACCUUGACCGCCGGCUGGCUAGGGCUGAUGGUGGCGCCAGCACCGACCCGUGGGCUUCGGAGCGGGAGCUCAUCGUGCAGAAUCUUUUGAUUGUUCUCGCAUCGAUCCCACAGCGUAGCAUGGAGCCCAAUGGCGGGUCGAUCAUAAACAAGAUUCGGCAAGUAGCAUCGACACUGCUGGCCGACGCACCCGAGCGCAAGGGUCCUGUUGCCGUCAGGUCCGAGGAGAUGUUGAGACACUUUGUCGACAUACUCCUACGCCUGGAGAAGACUGGUGGGCCUGGCAGAGGCAGCGGUCCAGCGGUUGCCGCUGCUGCCGCCGCAGGCAUCGCAAAUGGAACAUCGAGUGGCUUCGAUUCUGGACUGGACGCUGGAGGUGUCAUGACACCAAUGGAUGAAGAGGAGGAACUGCGCACCUGGGCAGACCUUCGCGAAACACAGAUGCGGUUUGCCCAGAACGGCGGAUUCAUGGCCAACCCCUGACGGUAUUUCUACCUUUCACUGGAUCAGGCGUUUGCAUGAAGAAAAGCAGUAUCUGGCGAUGGUGCUAUCUGUAUCUUAUUUGGUUGGCCCUUUGGUCACUUUCUUUUGCAUUUCUCAGUGGCGUUUUCGGGGCGGCUAGGUGGUGGUUGGUUUAUUCGUUUUAUAUGACCUUGAUGAUGCCGGCGAGUGUAACCUCCGUCAAAUAUCGGACUUGUGUCGCGGGAGCUGAAUAGAAUACAAUGCCCAACCCACGGCCUGGACGAGCCUUUCGUCCCAAACCCG